GGAGGCCACGUGGCAUCUCUCUCGUUCAGAAUAUAGAUCCGAGUUUUGUUUUGUCAAGAUCUUGUCACAGAAGUUUGGAAUAUGAAGCAAACUCUCUAAAACCGCUUCGGCGAUUGUUUAGCCUUACACGCUUCAAGAACCCUAGUUAUCGGGAAGAAAUUCGGAAAAAAAGGGAGCGAAAAUAUCACAAGGGCGAAGAUUAAAGCGAAAGCAAGCUCGAUUUGGGUUCAAAGUUACAAGCUUUGAUUGGGUUCCUGUGUUGAGCACGGAAGAAUUGCGUGCGAUUGAAUCGAAUCUCGCGAAAGGGUUUCUGUAUUUGGGUCUUUAUCUGCUUGCCCGUAUCUGCAAAAUUGGAUCUUCGAAUCGGCGAGAGAGAGAUUAUUGGAUAGAGAUGUGUAGUUUGGCGCCGAAUCUCUUGCUCCCGAUAAAGCUGAAACCUUCAGAUGCACAGAGCAGUUCGCUCUUCGUCACGAGCAGAAGAUCCAAAAGGAAGAACAAAACCAUCGCUCCUGUUGCAAGACUGUUCGGGCCGGCAAUCUUCGAAGCAUCAAAGUUAAAAGUGUUGUUCUUAGGGGUAGACGAGAAGAAGCAUCCAUCAACUCUGCCAAGAACUUACACUCUCACCCACAGCGAUAUUACCGCCAGAUUGACUCUAGCCAUCUCUCAUUCCAUCAAUAACUCUCAGUUGCAGGGAUGGGCAAACAGGUUAUACAGAGACGAGGUGGUGGCGGAAUGGAAGAAAGUGAAGGGGAAAAUGUCACUCCAUGUUCAUUGUCACAUCAGCGGCGGCCAUUUCCUUUUGGACCUCUGCGCCAAGCUGCGCUACUUCAUAUUCUGCAAAGAAUUGCCAGUGGUGUUGAAGGCAUUCGUUCAUGGAGAUGGUAACUUGUUGAACGAAUAUCCUGAACUACAAGAGGCUCUGGUGUGGGUAUACUUCCAUUCCAACGUCCCGGAAUUCAACAGGGUCGAGUGUUGGGGGCCACUCUGGAGGGCUUCGUCGCCCGAUAACGGCGGGAAAAUCCUGUCGGAGGAGCGGCCUGAGGCUCAGUGCCAGGAGGAGUGUGAGUGUUGCUUCCCGCCGGUGAGCUCGAUCCCGUGGUCCAACGGUCAUUCCGGCGGCUGCGAGCCCGGUGAACCGAACGGUUACUGUAGGAUCCAGCCGGAGGGAAUUGCUCCUAGUGAUUAAUAUGGUUGAUCGUUGACGGUUGAUGGUUAAUGAUGAAUGUUCUCUUUCUUCCUUUCUUUUUGUUGGUGGUUGGAAAAAAAAAAUGAAGUGUGUGGUGUUCGGUGUAAGUACAGCGGUCGUUUGGUGUUAUAGGAUAUGUAUAUUUUAAUGAAUUUUAAA